AUGAAGCGUCCGUGUCCGUCGGCGAGCGGCGAGCGGGAGGAGAGGGAGAUGAAGAAGGCGAAGGCGGUGGAGGAGGUGGAGCACGUGGAGGGGCUGGGGCGUUUCGACGACAAUCUUCUGUUCGAGGUGCUGAAGCACGUGGACGCGCGUACGCUGGCGAUGGCGGGGUGUGUGAACAAGCAGUGGCACAAGACGGCGCAGGACGAGAGGCUGUGGGAACUGAUCUGCACGAAGCAGUGGGCAAACACUGGGUGUGGAGAGCAACAGCUACGAUCGGUGGUCCUCGCCCUCGGUGGCUUCCGUCGCCUCCACGCGCUCUAUCUCUUCCCUCUCUCCAAGCCUCAGACAUCGUCCUCCUCUUCCUCGUCGUCCUCGUCCUCGCCCUGGGGCCCCACCAUCCCCCAGGUGAUUCGAUCGAAGCCCCUACGUUUGGGGAAAGACGAGGUUCACCUCUCUCUUUCGCUUCUCUCUAUUCGCUACUACGAGAAGAUGAAUUUCAAUAACCGAACCAGAUGA